AAUUUAUUGAUUUCUAAUCCUCCUCUUAGCAUAUUAACAACAACCUUAACAUAAUAAUAUACACACACACACACGUCGGAAGGCCAAAAACUUUCGUUUAUCAACAUACAACCUUGUGUACCACAAUCACACUGUCAAAAGAUCAUUGAUCGCGAUUGGCGGAUCCGAUGCGCCGGGCGGGACCUGCUUUGGGUCAUGAGAAGUAGAGUAGUUAUUCUGCAACAAGAUGGAAAUUAGCGUGCUUGUGCCGCCUCCUGUGCACGAUCUGGAUACGCUAAUUUUUCGGUUGGAGAAAUAUUACGAAGUAUCAGCUGUUUACUCUGGCAACCGAAUAAGACUGUUUGGCCCAGCCGACAAGCUUAGGGUUGCCCAAAAUUACGCCUUGUUGUUCAUUGGUCCUGAAUCCACUCAGUCAAUCUCUGUCACUCCUGAUUGCCGUUCGUUGUUCGAUAUAACGGGGGUCACAAAAAGCUUCGAACUAGUGUUCGGGAUUGUAAUUGCUCUUAAGAAAUCUGGAACCAUUCUGGUCAAGGGACAAAAGAGAGAUAUUGAUCGUUUUGGAUUGGCGCUUGCGAAAUUCGACAAACAAUGCACAGAAGGUCGCGUUUCUGUUACACCAUUUAAGCUCUCUAAUUUACGGCUUCUGUGUCGAAAGUUCGCUGUCAAUUUCGAUGAGGUACCAUGCAACGCUGCGGUACAAAUGGCGCUUUUGACGUAUCUUUCCUCUCUUCUGGCUCCAAUGGAAACCAGUCUUGAGAACAUACUUCCCCCAACGCACCUUGAAGCGUAUCGAAGACCGCCGGUGGAUCUGGAAUCACCAAAUCGAGUUGGUAGAAGCUUAUGCAAUGGAUCGAGUAUCUUAUCGUUCAGUACAGCCACCAAUAGGUCCGUAUCAGAUGAUCGGGAAAAUAUCCAACCUACGAAUCAUCCUACACUUGUUUCCACACGGUUGCGAAGUGUAGUGAUUGACGGGAGCAACGUGGCCUUUGCCCAUGGUAAUCAGAAGAAGUUUAGCCCCCAAGGCAUCCGUCUUGCUCUGGAAUUCUUCUUCAAACGUGGUCACACCAACGUAGUCGCUGUGGUUCCUCGUUUCCGCCGCGGCGUUGGUGGUGGCCUAUUCGAUCGUUUGGAACGCGGUGGCUACCUUUGCUAUUCAUCAUCGCGGUUUAUGCAACAUGAACGUCAAGUUGCUGAUGACGACAGAAUUAUUUUACAACUGGCCGUCCAGAGCAACGCGGUUGUCGUUUCCAACGACCAGUUCCGCAACUAUCGCGAUGAGAAUGAAAGUUUCCGGGACGUCAUCGAUCAUCGUUUGCUUCAAUACACUAUCGCUCUUGACACCUUCCUAAUUGCUGAAGAUCCCCACGGUGCCAAGGGCCCCAGUUUAUCCGAAUGCCUACGCAUGCCUGACGUCUCCGGAAAAUGUACCACUUAAUUCCUGCUUCCCUACGAAUACGUUGGUAGUGAUGUCCAGAUAGCCUAUGGAUUCAUCUUUCAAUCCGUCUGUACCUUGAGAUAACAGCUCAGGUGCGCUUGUUUUUCUUAAUCUUCCUCCACAAUGCGUCGCUCUUUCUGACUUCCUUCUGAGUCCUUUCGGUGAAAUUUCUAUCCUCUGAUGUUUCUACUAGUUUCUGCUCUAUUCCACUCAGUUAACGCGAAUGUAUGACAUCAGUAACUGUGAAGAAAGACUGUCUCGCUCAGCGGUUCACCCAAUCAUCCUCCACUUCACACACCACCAGUGAAUUCAAGCUUUCCGUCGCAUUUAAAAAAUUUCAUCCCGCUGAAGUUGCAACCUUUGCGUCUUUUGUAUCGAUUUUUUCUUGCUCCUCCUUAUUCUCCGGUGAAAAAUUUUUGCCUUUUGUUGUACCUACUUACGGUCAGGUGGAAAUACAUAUUCCAGCCCUGAUAACGCCAUAUACUUUGUAUUCAG